AUGAAAUCGCUGCGCGGAUUAAUAGUCUACCGCAAUUACAUGCUUUCCGCGCGACAUGAACUGCUGCGAGGAUUAUCUGCUAGAAGGUACCACAAGCCAGCACAACCUCGAGCCGGACGGGCUUUGGUCAGUUAUGGACUUGUGGGUAUAGUGGCGGGUCUUGCUGGGAUAGUUGCUGCUUCUACAACAGGCAUUAGACAACAAGCGGCAGGGCAACCCUCGUCAGGGUACCCGGACUAUGCUGAUCGAGAGACGAUGCUCAAGGUUGCUGUCGAUGAGAUCAGAGCCAUACUUUGCAGCGACGCCGUAAGCGAGGAUCAAGACGACCUCAAUGACCACGGCAGUUCAGAGUGGUCCACUACCAAUAGCAAGGUCCGCCCAAUUGCGGUCGUCUAUCCGCAAAGUACUGAGCAUGUAUCAUUAAUAGCGAAGAUAUGCACUAAGUACAAAGUUCCAAUGAUUCCUUACGGUGCCGGUUCCAGUGUUGAGGGCAAUACUAGCGCACCAUACUCUGGUAUCACCCUCGACCUAUCACGUAUGAACCGAAUUGUUGAAUUUAAUAGCCAGGACAUGGAUAUUGUUGUUGAGCCGGGGGUCAAUUGGGUUCAGCUGAAUGAGAAGAUCAAACCAUCAGGUCUCUUCUUGCCACUAGACCCCAGCCCAACAGCUCUCAUCGGGGGCAUGGUAGCUACUAAUUGCAGUGGAACAAACGCUAUGAGAUAUGGUACGAUGAAAGACUGGGUCAUCAACCUUACCGUCGUCCUGGCUGAUGGCGAGGUAAUAAAGACCCGGCGCCGAGCUCGAAAAUCGUCAGCAGGCUAUAAUCUGAACUCACUUUUCACGGGAUCAGAGGGCACUCUCGGCAUUAUUACCCAAGCGACCCUGAAACUCGCUGUUCUUCCUACUCACUUCGGAGUUGCUACAACAACAUUCGAUAGCGUCAAAGAUGCGGCAAAAGCUGCGUCUGUUAUGAUCCGUGAGGGUUUACCGCUGGCUGCCCUAGAACUCAUGGAUGAUAUGCAGAUGAAGGUGAUCAAUGAGACUGGAGGAGCAGGAGGGAGGAUUUGGCCGGAAAAGGCUACCUUGUUUAUCAAGUUUUCUGGCACAAAGGGUGUGGUGCAGGAGAGCAUCAAGCGAGUCGAGGCCCUCUCCAAGGGCUUAGGUGGCACUGGGCUCCAGAUCGCCAGGUCAGAAGAGGAAAUGAAUAGCCUCUGGUCAGCAAGGAAGCAGGCGCUGUGGUCGAUGCUCGCAAUUCGCCCUCCGGGAACCGAGAUCUGGUCCACGGAUGUGGCGGUGCCGUUGUCACGUAUGGCGGAGAUUAUUGAUUUCUCUAAGGAGACGGCAUCUCGUCUUGGCCUGUUCUCAAGCGUCCUUGGCCAUGUGGGAGACGGAAACUUUCAUCAAGCCAUCUUGUACAACCCUAGUAUACGCUCCGAGGCCGCAGCAGUACGUCGGUGUCUGGGCAAUAUGGUGGAUGUAGCAAUAGAGAUGCAGGGAACCGUGUCUGGGGAACAUGGGAUUGGACUGGGCAAGAAGGCUUCUCUUGUGAAAGAGCUUGGACCGGCAACCAUUAACGUGAUGAGGAUGCUUAAGAGAAGCCUAGAUCCGCAUUGGCUGUUGAACCCCGGCAAAGUAUUCGACGCAAUCUGGUAUCUGCUGGCCAUAGCGCUUCUGCUCGUCUGCGAAUUAGAGACUGCGGUAAUUGAGAUGGAUGUUACUGUGUCAUACACACUGUGGCCAUAUAUAUCGCCACCCCGCUAUCAUCACAGCACGGGGUGGAUCAUUACCCCAGCUUUUCUCCUCGGCUUCGCUUUUCCGCAAGCGGCCCUUGUGACCAACUCCUUUUCAAAUCUCUUCCGUCAUAGCCAGGACCCUGCACUUCAUCGUUCCAUCAUGAUAAGUUCCCCGACUACCCAAGAAAGCGGCCAGGCGAGUCUCCCUGCCACUGUAUCCUUUGUUGCGGUGAACCAGCCAGAGUCCCCAUACCACUCCAGACGGCGACGCGCGCAGGUCUCUUGCGAGCGAUGUCGAAAACGUAAAUCGAGAUGCGACGUCUCCGAAACCCAACAAAACACGUGCGUCCGAUGCUUGAGAGAAGGCAAGUCCUGCGAGUUUCGAGCCGUCAAAUACAGGCGUAGAGGAGUCCAACCUCUCUCGCCAGUCCAGGCUGUUUUCAAUGCGGCUUGUUCGACAGCGUCGGCGAUGGAUCGAUCGCCAGACAGCUGCUCGUUCCAAGCCGCACCAGACGCUCAAGCAAUAGGGGAAGAGCCAGCGCCUGAGCAGCUGCUGCAGUUAUCCCUUCAUAAUGUACCAGGCGAGAAGCCAGAUGAGCUUCAGUCGCAGAACGAGGAGACCGAAACCCGCCAGGGUCACCACGCAGACGUAUCGCACCUCGACGACACUGGUGCCAAUCAAGGGACCGCAUCCGACGGGAUCACCAGGCUAGAUCCCAAACUGAGGAUUGCGGCAUCGCAGCUUCAUAAUCCUGCUGAUGCGCUUGACCUCCUCACAUUCGCGGCAAGCGAGGAGCGAUAUUUCGCGCACUUGUCCACUCAAGAGCAGGGUGGCAGCGUACCGGACAGCACCAGGGGUCAUUUGCCGCAACAGGACGACUUGCGGUGGGAUAGCGCAAUUGAGAGUGACCUACGAUGGAACCAAUUCUUUCUGGUUCAGCGAAGGCUCAUCAAGGUACAUGAAAUCAUUGAGUUUAUAAUGUUCUUCUUCACACGCCUAUGGCCACUCAAACCUAUCAUACCGGAGUACUAUAAUCAUCCGUCGAGAUACAUCCUCCUGGCCAUCGACGAGCCAGUGCUCUUGAGAGCGGUGAUAACGCUGGCUUCCAGGUACCACGCUCUCAGUGGCGACCACGGCGAGAUCAGAUCUGAACGGAUACAUUGGCAAGUAUGGUCAUCCUUACAAGUAUGCCUGCAAUCAGCAAUAUGGGGUUCUACGAGGACACGAUCUCUAGGAACCAUCGCGGCCCUGUUGCUACUGAUUGACUGGCAUGCCAAGGCCAUCAAUAAUCCGAGUACCUUCACUCCAGAAGACGACAGCUGGGAGUACGAAAUACCAUCCAGCACGACCGAGAAUGACACACCGGCGGGGAUAACCAACCUAAGCAGCAAGCAGAGGCACAGCAUGGCGAGUUCCUUGGAGAGGCUUGAGAUUACGUCUUCUGCAUAUCGCAGCAACAAAAUGUCGUGGUAA